GCCGUGCCUUGCCUCUCAGCGCGGCGGCGAGGGCCGGGCAGCGCUGUAACUGGAAACCGGAGCCUUCACCGUCACCGCGCGGCCACUUUCCAUUCACUUCUAGGUGCUUCAUUGAGGGCUGGGGAGAAGCGCUCCCGGUGCCUUAGGAUUAUUUCACAAAGGAAUUGGGAGUACCUUUGCUACCACGAAGAAGAGAGACUUUUCUUUAUGGUUUGUUUUUAUUUUAUUUUAUUCUAUUUCUCCUCCUCACCAUGAGCUAGGUUUGGAAUUAAAACGUUCUGGUAACAGGAGUGGAGCUCAUAAACUGAUAGAAACCAGAUAGAAAUCUGUAUUACUGGUUCCUUCAAUAGCUAGGUUUCAUUUCUUGGAUAUUAAGUUGCAAAUCUGAAGAGAUGGCAUUUCUUGUACUGCACGUGGUGAUUGGGAUAUUUAUUUACUUUAGCAAUGUAAAAGGAUCUUCCCAGCCUCAAGCAAGGGUAUUUUUAACAUUCAAUGAGCUUCAAGCGACGAAGACCUCUGAAUAUCACAGAAUAUCACACAGUCCUCUGGAUUACAGGAUAUUAUUAAUGGAUGAAGAUCAGGAUCGGAUCUAUGUGGGCAGCAAAGAUCACAUUCUGUCUUUGAAUAUCAAUAAUAUAAGCCAAGACCCUCUUAGUAUUUUGUGGCCAGCAUCAGCAAAUAAGGUUGAAGAGUGCAAAAUGGCUGGCAAAGACCCUACGCAUGGCUGUGGAAAUUUUGUGCGGGUGAUACAGUCAUACAAUCGCACACACCUGUACGUCUGUGGCAGUGGAGCCUUCAGCCCAGUGUGUGUGUAUGUCAACAGGGGACGCAGGUCUGAGGAACAAAUCUUCAAGAUUGACUCCAAGUGUGAGUCAGGGAAGGGACGCUGCUCUUUCAACCCAAAUGUGAACACAGUGUCUGUUAUGAUCAAUGAAGAGCUUUUUUCAGGAAUGUAUAUUGAUUUCAUGGGGACAGAUGCAGCCAUUUUUCGGAGCCUGACCAAGCGGAACGCCGUGCGAACUGACCAGCACAACUCCAAGUGGCUGAGUGAGCCUAUUUUUGUAGAUGCUCAUGUUAUACCAGAUGGCACUGACCCCAAUGAUGCCAAAAUCUACUUCUUCUUCAAAGAGAGACUGACAGACAACAGUGGCAGCACCAAGCAAAUUCACUCAAUGAUUGCAAGAAUAUGCCCAAAUGAUACAGGUGGUCAGCGUAGUCUUGUGAACAAAUGGACUACAUUCUUGAAAGCAAGACUGGUGUGCUCAGUAAUGGAUGAAGAUGGAACAGAAACAUACUUUGAUGAAUUAGAGGAUGUGUUUCUUUUGGAGACAGAUAAUCCCAGAACAACGCUUGUGUAUGGAAUUUUUACAACAUCAAGCUCCAUUUUUAAAGGCUCAGCUGUGUGUGUGUAUCAUUUAUCUGACAUCCAGACUGUGUUCAAUGGGCCAUUUGCACACAAGGAGGGCCCAAACCAUCAGCUGAUUCCAUAUCAGGGCAGAAUUCCAUACCCACGACCUGGCACUUGUCCAGGAGGAGCCUUCACACCCAAUAUGAGGACAACCAAAGAGUUUCCAGAUGAUGUUGUGACCUUCAUUAGAAAUCAUCCUUUGAUGUAUAAUCCCAUUUACCCAAUACAUAAGAGGCCAUUAAUCAUCCGGAUAGGAACAGACUACAAGUAUACAAAGAUUGCUGUGGACCGAGUGAAUGCUGCUGAUGGAAGAUACCAUGUCUUGUUUCUUGGAACAGAUCAAGGAACUGUACAAAAAGUUGUUGUCUUACCCACCAACUUCUCUGCAAGCGGAGAACUCAUUUUAGAAGAGCUGGAGGUUUUUCAGAGUAACUCUCCUAUAACAACAAUGAAGAUUUCAUCUAAAAAGCAACAGCUGUACGUGAGCUCAGAGGAAGGGAUCACACAGGUCCCCCUGCACCGCUGCCACAUCUAUGGGACCGCCUGUGCUGACUGCUGCCUUGCCCGGGACCCUUACUGUGCCUGGGAUGGCAACUCCUGCUCCAGGUUCUAUCCCACAGGGAAAAGGAGGAGUCGUAGGCAAGAUGUGAGACAUGGAAACCCUCUGACUCAGUGCCGAGGUUUCAACCUGAAAGCAUACAGAAAUGCAGCAGAAACAGUCCAAUAUGGAGUGAAAAACAACACCACCUUUCUUGAAUGCACACCCAAAUCUCCUCAGGCUUCUAUUAAAUGGCUGCUACAGAAAGAUAAUGACAGGAGGAAAGAGGUUAAGCUGAAUGAGAGGAUCAUAGCUACUGAGCAAGGACUUCUCAUUCGCUCUGUCCAAGACAGUGAUCGGGGGCUUUAUCACUGCAUUGCAACAGAGAACAAUUUCAAGCAGACCUUAGCGAAGAUCAAUUUCAAAGUGCUGGAUACAGAGAUGGUGGCCUACAUGACAGACAAAUGGUCCCCGUGGACCUGGGCCAGCUCAGUGCGAGCCCUGCAGUUCCACCCAAAGGACUUUGUGGGAACUUUCAGUCACUCUGAAAUGCAGAUGAUCAACCAAUACUGCAAAGACAGUAGACAGCAAGGUCAGCGGAGGGAAGAACCCCAGAAGAUGAGAGGAGACUACAGCAAACUAAAGGCCCUUAUCAACAGCAGGAAAAGUAGAAAUAGAAGAAAUCAGUUACCUGGUUCUUAAUUUUAUUUUGCUGAAGGAGAUAUCUUUGUCCUCACUGUAGAGGGCUUAUGUUUGUCUGUUGAGAACAAAGUUGUGCAAAUACGAUGAAAAAUUAGAUGAAAUUACAACAAGCUUCAGAAAAGAUCCUCCUCCAAAUAAAAUGCAGUGUAACUCAAGUAAAGAAAAGAUGUGGAGUUUUUCAGUCCUAGAUGCUUACUGGCACUAGGUUAGUCUAUGUCAUGGAAACAAAAAUGAGUGUUCUUCUUAAACCAGAUUCAUAUUUAGUAUCUCGUUAUUUAAUUAUAGUUGAACAGAAAUUUAGUUACAGUUGAACAAGCUCAGUGCAGCAUCUUGCAACUCUGGAGCAGUACCAGAAUGGUGGUGGAAGAAUCUGGAUUAAGAUGCACACCCCAAGUAGGGUGGUACUAAAAUUUCUUUGCACUGCAUUUACGAACACGAGUUUCUGCUUGUUUACUAAUUAAUACUGGGUUUACAAUUUUCAUUCAUUCUUCAAAUCAUUUAGGUACAUGCAGAUAAGAUGCACGUAAAGUGUAAUAGAAAUGUGUCAUUCAUUCAGAGGUCAAAUGAAGGAAUGAAUAGAAGAAAAAAAAUAUGUUUUUAUACUUUGUCAGAGGAAACACUGAUUGUUGUGCAUAGUAUGAGUUGUAAUAAAUUAAUGAGUUCUGGAAUGUAACUUAAAAUAUCUCUGCUCAUAUUGAUUUUUGUUAAUAUACGAUGUUCUGUAACACUACAGAGCUUUAUAAGUGGUACAACGCUAACAUGAGAAUGUUCAUUAUAUGUACAAUUUUGAAAGCACCUAAGUGACUUGGGUAUUUUAGCUGUUUUCAAAGAAUUACACUCCUUUGGUUUGUUUUUCAAAAGACAGAAUGUGUAGAGUGUUUAUUCAAAAAAAAAGUAUUUAAUCUAUUGCAUAGUUAAAUUGAGGUCGGCUUGCAAUAUAGAAACAAGUUAUGAACAUGUUUGAAAAUUUUAAAACUUAUUUUUUUCAGCUUCUCAACAUGGAAAAUGUUAUCUAGAUUUUUUAAA